UCAGCCCAGGCCACGGUGUCUGCUGUCUGCCGAUGGAAAAGUCUUCCUCAAUUUAUGGUUUAUACCUCAUCCUUCUGAAGUGCUAGUCAUGUUCAAAACUCUGCCAGAAAAGGCAGCUUUUAGAGCCUUGAAGCUAACGCUGCAGCUGCUGGCUCCUCUCCAUGAUAUUGUGGCCUACCUCUGCAGCUUUGCUAAACUUGGAAACUGUCCGACGUGUUUUGAAUUUCCUCUCAGUCCUUACCCUUUGAGAGAUGACUGGGGAGGAACUGAGGGCAUUGGAGCUGGACUCCAAGAGUUGCAGAAAAUGAUUGACAACCUUCAGAGCCCCCAAGACCCCAACCAGGUGGCCCAGGCGCUCCUCCUCCGGAAGGAGGUUAUGUUUCUGCAGUUUGAUGCUGCAGUAAGGCAUCUCAUCCGAACAACAUUUUUGGCAGCUGGAAAUGUUUCUGCCUACCAGUCUGUCACAGAUGGCAUGUACCAUGGGUUGCCACCAAUGAGCAAUGCUCUGGUGAAGAGCAUAUUUGCUUCACAGCUUGGCCUGCCUCUGCCAUUGGAUCCACAGAGCCUCCAGGCAUUUGUGUUGUUCCCUUGGAGAACAUUUCUGGAAGAUGGAGGACCAUUUCCAGUUCUGAGUAGCAGCCCAGAUACCUUGGAAUAUAACAUGCAGCUAUGUCUGUGUGGGCUGAGUGACCAUGACCGUAAGGUGGCUCAUGGAGAGUUGGUGGGCAUGCAACUGCUAAUGGAUGAUGUAAUGCUGAGCUGCUCUCACGUGAUCAUGGAGGGUCCUCCAGGACCGCAAGCCACAUUGGACAAAAAUACGCAGCCCGAGUUGCCCAAAAUGCCAGAAUUCAGAAGCUGGUUCCUAAGUGGUCAAAAGCUCUGCAAGGCCCGGGAGAGCUUGUGCCAUGCAGUGCCAGCCCUCGCUUUGCUGAGAUCAUUCCUAAUCCUGUGGAAGCAGCUGGAGAUGCUGAAGGAGCACUGGGGCCGCGUCAAGCUGCGAGGCCAGGACAUCAACACAGCAUCUCUCUACAGACACAUCUCUGAGCUCUACGGAACGGACAUUCUCUACCCCAGCAUGAAAGCUCUAGCCAGACAGAUGGGGAAAGAAGAUGAAUUUGAAGGACUUAUAAUAAAGAAUCAGUGUAUUCUUCCCCCGAAAGGAGCUUCAGAAAUUGAAAUUAAAACUCAGCAGCUUCAGAAACUUCUGGAAAAUCUAGAAAGUCAUAUGAUCCAGGAGGUAUUAAGAAAAGUUCACAGAGAGAUGUCAUUGGUUAUGUCAGAAAAGUCCAAGGAGGAGCAUACACUCCCUACAGAACUUUGGAAACACCAAGUCAUGAAAGAAAACUUUCCAGUUGUAAGACCACAAAUAGUUGAAAACUUUAUACAAAGAUUAAUGGAGAAUUAUCAGGAUGGUGAGUUAGAGAUCACUUUCAGGAAAGACCACCUCGAAGCCUGCCUUCUUUCUUUGGGUUGUGAUGUGAUGGCAAGAGAACGCAGCAACUUUGAGACCUAUUCCAUGUGUUACGAGCAUGUGUUACAGCAUGCAAGGCAGAAGCUCUUCGAGAAGGAGCAAGAGUUAGAUGUUACACAAAGAGCUCAGAGGCCACCUGAUGAAGAUGCUAGUCAGGUUACUGAACUCAGUCAUAAUAUGAUCAUGGAAAUCACUGCUCUGAGAGCCCAACUCACUGAUUUGGAAGAGGAGAAUUUGAAUCUCAAAAAGCAGAUUAGAAAAGAAGUCCAAGAAGAAUACGAAGCAUUAGUCCAAGCCUUGUUUGUGACCUGUUUACACAUAAAAGGCCAGCUGGAUGAGAACCAGCUGAAUCUGAUCCAGAAAGUGUGUGAGCUUGUCAGCGAGGUGAGACGAGAAGGGAUUGACACUUUGAAAAGCCUAAAGAAAAAAUGGGGCUCUGCAAGACCGGAGGACAGCAUGAAAGAGAGCUCAGCCAAAGAGCAGCUGCAGGCCUUGGAAGAGGACAACUGCAGCUUGACCACCCUGGUGAGCAAAGCCAGGAUACUGGGCCGCUGGAGGCUGGCUGUGCAGCAGGCGUACUUCCGGGGCCAGCUGAGCAGGGCAGAGAAGGAAGUGAUUCAAAGUAAAAAGGAGUGUUUGAGCACCAAGCUAAUGGCAGAACGAGAAGUGGUUUUGUUUCGUCAACAGCUACUGGCUCUCAAGCAGGCCCUGGCCAGGGCUCAAGCUGACAACGUGAGCAUGUGGAAACAGCAGGAGAGCCAGGCUCACUUGCUGAAUGAGUUAGAACACAGAGCGGCCCAGGAAGCUCUCAACCGGCAGCAGCUGGAUUUGAUGAAAACAUCCAGCAUAGAGAAGCUCUUGGAUGAUGUGAAGCAAAAGGAACAGCAACUGCAGCUUCUUACUGAAGAGGCUGACAGGGCUUCUAAACUGGGCCAGCUUCAGAAGAAAAAAAUCCAGCGAGAAAUACAUCAGGUGAGAAGCCAGCUGGCCCAGGAGCGCAGUAUGAAGCAGGACGCUUUCCAGCGUGUGGAGGAACUAAAAAGUCAGCUUAAUGACGCUGUCCAGAUGCGCUCACCAAGUGGACUUGUAUCUUGGGCUCCCUGCUCCCUAAGUUCUGCUUCGACAGCAUCCAGAUACUCUCAGCAACACUUCUUAAAGACUAAUCUUACAGGCAGUACAAUAACAAGAGGAGCGCGAAGACCUAAGACUGUACCUACUAAACAUAAAAAAAUGAUUGAUAAUGGUUUCCUACCCAAUGUAUCAGAAAAUAUUCAACUUGCAGCUUUUCAAGUUCAAACUGCUCCAUCUAGAAUCUCAUUCCGACCUGACUGGUAA